CUGCUGACCCCGCCCCUCUGCGUCAUCACAGCAGGCAGUCACUCCUUACACCCCGAAAGUGUGUUAUGAGGGCUCUGUUAGAAAGGGGAACCUGGGUUUAUUCCUCUAAAAACUAAAGUUUAACCCUGCUAAAUGCCAGCUGGGUCGCUCAGGAGGACCUUCAUUUCAUGGCAAUGUUCUCCAGCCAGAUGACUUCCACUCCUUUCUCAGUGCGGGACAUACUGAACCUGGAGCAGAAUCAGGAGGACUUGGUGUCUCUGGACAUGUCUCAGCAGCUGGACAGUGCACUUAUUCCGACCUCAUCCUGCAUGCUGUCCACUUUCAAACAAGAGCAGUUCAUGGACAUGUCAUCCGGGGCCUCCCUCUUCAGCGAAGACCUUCUGGACGACAGAGGAAACAAAAACAGCCAUCUGAACUUCUGUAACGCUGCUUUCUAUGGGAAAAAUGUCCUAGAAAUAGACUAUGUUAAGGGCGCAAAGAUGGAUGACACGUUUGAAGAAAAGGAGAAAAAAGACAUCAGCUGUUCUCAGGAAGAUCCAAGUGAAGAUGUGAAGCUGGAUGAUGCGGAUCGACCCAAGCAGAGGAAAAGGAGGAAGCCUCGGGUUCUGUUCUCUCAAGCGCAGGUGUACGAGCUGGAGAGGCGCUUCAAACAGCAGAAAUACCUCUCUGCACCUGAGAGAGAUCAUCUAGCCAGCGUGCUCAAACUCACCUCCACACAGGUCAAGAUCUGGUUCCAGAACCGACGCUAUAAGUGCAAGAGGCAGCGUCAGGACCAGACCCUGGAGAUGGUGGGCGUCGCGCCUCCGAGACACAUCUCGGUGCCGGUUCUGGUUCGGGAUGGAAAGCCGUCCACAUACAACACAUCUUACAACGUGGGGAUCAAUCACUUCACUUACAACAGCUACCCUGCGUUUAGUAAUUUCCCGAGUCCGGGCAACACGAACUACUCAUGCAACUACACAGCGAGCAUGUCCUCCAUCCAGCCCUCACAGUCCAACAACAACUACAUCAGCUUUGGAGUUGGGGAUCUAAAUAACGUGCAGGCUCCGUUUCAGUCCAGCAGCGGGGUUCCCUCAUUACACGGCAUCCGUGCUUGGUGAAAAAUAGAAAUAAAAACUUUAAAUGCAUGCAUCAUUUCUAUUGACAUUUACGUUUAUUGACAGAAUCCAGACCGGGUUUACACACGUUCAUUUUAGGCUUUAAUAGCUAUCUUUACGCAUCGUUUUCUUUAAAAACCUGUCUGAAUUAUUUGCUUGCACUUGAGUUAAAUUAUGAGAGAUAAACCUCAAGUAAAAUAUAUCCUAUUAGGUAGAUUAUUUAUCUUUUUUCUCUCUAACAGAUGGCCUUUAAAACUCGUGCAAGUUCUCUUUCUUUCUUUCUUUCUUUCUUUCUUUCUCUCUUUCUUUCCGAGGACAGUCUUAUUUUUUAUAUAAAAAAACCUCACAGACAAAUAUUAUAGACUGCAGCCAAAUAAAUGAACUAUUAUUAAUUAGAAACAUUUUUGUGUGUGUCAUAUAGGCUAUAGCCAGAAGUACAUCAUAAAUACUCUCGAAUUGAGGUUUUGUUAUUCAUUUGCUUGUGUAAAUCUAAUAUGUAAGCUUUUUGAAGAAAUAAUAAAGGCUUUUCGAGAAUGCAAUAAUUAUUUGGUUUGUGUAGAAUAACAAUAGGCUACUAAUAAUUAAAAUUCGACGUAUUAUUAUUCGUAGAUUAGGCGAUAUUUACGAAUUGCAUUCAAAUGAUAAACACUUUAUUAUUAUUUUUUUUAUUAUAUUUGCUGAACCCUGAUUUUACUUAGCAAUUCGUAUUCCUGCUCCUUAUUCUUUUUCUCAAUAUAGACCUAUAGCUAAUAACAUUUUUUUAAAACAAUUUACUAUUUAAGGAGUUUAUGUUUGGUUUCAGAUAUAAUCUACUUCACUAUGACUUAUCCAUCAAAUAAAAAUACUGAAACAAGUAUAAUAGCUAUGUAAUAAGCACGUUUCCGCGAGAAAGUAAAAACUUGCGCUUUAAACGUGUAGAAAUUAUCCAAAAAUGCACAGAGUCUUCUUCAGGGUGAGAAGUUAUAGUCAUAAUUUUGAAGAUCGCUCCGAUUGCAGUUCACUGCCUGAUGAGGUUACCGAUAAAACUAAACUCUCUAAUUGUGCAUGCAUCCACCCGCAAUAUUAUUAUUGUUAUUAUUUAUUUUUUUAUUUUUGUCGAUUGCAACAGAUACCCAACACUUGACCAUUACAAUUUUUUUGCAUGCUAUUCUUGCAAUGGUUGAUGUCGCACUUGAUUGACAACACAAAAGUGAUCUGCUUAGUGUGCUGAAUGACACAAUUUGCUUGACACAGAGAGGUAAGGGUGCAAAAACCUGGAUGGAGGAGGGAAGGAAAUCCAUAUUAGCUGCCACUUAAAAUGAGUAAUAGAUUGUCCUCAGCUCGGGCAUCUCUCUGUCUGGGUUCUCCACACAUAUCAGUAUGUUCCCCGUCUCCACCACAUCGACUGAGCCUGCAUCUACUUACAGCUGAAAUAUACUACAAUAGCAAGCUUACUGUGGACAUUUUUAAGUCAAAUAUGGGAGGUAAAGAGAAAGGUCACACUGCAGUUUCAAUAGUGGCCCACUCUUCAGAGGCGUUGAAAAGAACAAGUCAGAUAACAUGAAUGCACCUCUCUAAAAAUAACAGACCUUGUGCUCCAGCCACAACUGAAGGAGAAUGACAGAGAGAGAGAGCAGGGAUGGAAUAAUCAGCUUUUCCGGGUCUUAUCAGAGGAAAGACAGGGUCGCAUGCCUCUUUAUCAGCGGAGCUCUGAUUAUGGCCAUAGCUUUUCUGAGCUUUCCCCUGCGAUACUCUGAUUCUGUCCUGUCCAGAACAGCUGCUGCUUCAUCACUGCGCUGGGAUGUGAGUUUAACUCCUUACAUUGCCUCUCAUACAGUGCAUUUCCAUGUGACAGCCUCCAGAGUCCAGCAUGCGUUCAGCUGGAGCCAUGAAACAUAAAAACCAAGGAAACACGGACAGGGAAACCUAUAGAAGGCUUGUCUUUAAAAACACAUUACAUAGUGCAGUUUCCAAAAAAAAAAAAAUUGAUGCUGCAUGAUGCUGAAAAUACAGCGGCGCAUCACAGAAAUAAAUUAUAUUUUAAUAUAUAUUCAAACAUAAAACAGUCAGUUCUAAUAUUUCACAACAGUACUGUUUUUACUGCAUUUUCGACCAAAUAAAUGAAGUCUUUGUGAACAUACUUUUGGACAACAUAGAAAAUGUGGUUCAUGUUGACUGUGAUUUCAUAUCUAAUCAUUCAAAUCUAUAACAACUUUGAUAUACAAGAUUCUGAAUUUUUUUUUA